AUGUUUGGUCCUUCACCGCCUUCGAGCAAGUGGUCUACGGAUCAUGUCCCUACAAGCGUCCUCGACCUGAUCGUGGAUCAUCUCGCUGUCUGGGCAAUUGAAGAGCACGAAUGCGAUCGCCCCACCUGUCACUUGUCGGCGAGUUACCCUGGCAAGAGCAACUUCACUCCCAUGUCGCCGGACUUGCGCAACAUGUCCCUUGUCAAUCAUGCUUUUCGCGGGAACGUCUUGAGCAGGAAGAUAUUCUCUAGCCUCAUGUUGGAGUCACCCGAAGAUAUGGCCAAUAUAAGGGCAAUGGUCAGAGCCCAGACUUUGUCCUUCGUUAAACAUAUCAUCUUGACCCGGAUCCACGAGUGCGAGGUCGAUCACACUGCUUGGGCUUCCGAGCGCAGUAAAAUCUUUGCCUUGUGCCCAAACGUGCAAUCCAUCCUCGAUGAAUCCGGUCAAGUCGCCUACUACCACGACUACCCUUUGCACGUCACCGAGCUCGAUCUCGUGCUCCAGUACGGCGAAAAGAUGCCGGUUCCAAUUCACCUUCCUGGGCUGCGGAAGUUGGUAAUUGCGAGCUCCCUGGCCGGACGUCUCGAAGCCGAUGGAAAUAUCGAGAUGGAUCGAUACACCAAAAAGGCCCUGAUCAUGUUACGCGACAUCGAGCGUAUCGACAACCUUCACUUGAACUUGCCGGGUACGGCUUCUCCAGGCGGUUGGGGUGCUCGUCGAUUGCCUCCCGAGUUGAGGACUUCGGACCCUUUGCCCAAGACAUUGAAGGAAGUGAAGACUUUGAAAAUCACGAUGCCGUAUUGUACGGUGGAUGGACAUACUCUGAGAGAGGCUCAUUGGUGGGCGUACUUGCGCUGGAUCUUUGACACCUCUCCCCGUAUCAAUCAUUUCAUCAUCACCAUGGACUGGCAUCUCAACUGCCACCUCAUUGACGAUCAUAACCCGCGAGACUUUCAGGAUCAUACCCCGCGAGACUUUCUGGAUUCGAUGAGCUUGCAACUCGUCAAAGCGGACAACCAGACGGGCAGGGUUUUUACGGACGGUAAUCCGACUACCCGAGAUAUGAGAGACUUUCUCGAGAUGGUUCUAGAGUUCUGCCCGGGGGCGCACAUGGUCCUGCUGGACUACAAGGCCAAUUCGCCAUCUCUUGGUGGCGGAUUCUCGGUCUCGCACAGCUUUCGAACGGUCAGGGCGGUCAAGAUGGCGACCCCGGGGUCUGAGCGGAUGAGCAUCUACCACACAGACCUGAUCGACAUCGAUUCGGUUCAAAUGGUCAUCGAUGACUGCAUGGAGUUUGCUCGACUUGGUGGAGGGCAUCUAGCCACGUCGGUAUAUAUGCAAAAGAUGUUGCCAGAAGGUCUGAAGGCAACCGAAUCACGAGCGAAGGCGAUGAUCGCUCAGCUCGAGGAGGUCCACCUGGAAGACACGGCGUAG